CACACAACAAUAAUGAAUGGAAACACGUCGGAGCCAAGAAAGUUGAGCAGCACCUAAAAGUAACUGUCGGUCGGGUUUUGAAAGUUAUCUGUCAUUGGGGAAAAUUCGCUGUAAGUAAUGGAUUGGCCAGGCAAGACAGAGGCUACUUUCUGGAAGAUGAAGCAGCUGCACUCUUACUUUUAAAAAAGAGACUAGAGUCAAACACUGUCAACUUAAACGCGUGAUUAGGGGUAAAUGGCAUUUAGGGACUACUGCAGUGUCAGCUUUUUUCUUCUUCUUUUUUCUUCAAUAAUCUGUUUUUGGAGAGAAGUGGAUUAUUCGGAUUAAAUCGCGGAUGAGACUCUCGGAAUACUUUGGAGAUUCUUUCUUUUUGCUUCUUUUACUUGGAUUAUUCUUGUCGCCGUAAGAAGCUGAGGCAAGUUUCAAGUCGACGGCAGGAUAAGGCAUUAAAAUGGGUAAUAUAGAGAGUGUGGACGGCCAGUCGGAGAUGAAGCAGCACAUCAUGCCUCUGAAGGUGCCCAUGCCUGACCCCACCGAGCUGGAGGAGAAAUUUGCCAUUGUUUUGAACUCUAUGAACCUGCCUCCAGACAAAGCCCGGCUCCUCAGACAGUAUGACAAUGAGAAGAAGUGGGACCUGAUCUGCGACCAGGAGAGGUUUCAGGUGAAGAAUCCUCCUCACACCUACAUCCAGAAGCUUCGCGGGUACUUAGAUCCUGGAGUAACACGAAAGAAGUUUCGCAGGCGUGUGCAGGAAUCUACAAAAGUCCUGAGGGAACUGGAGAUUUCACUGAGGACAAAUCACAUUGGGUGGGUCAGGGAGUUCCUCAAUGAUGAAAACAGAGGUCUUGAUGUCCUUGUUGAAUACCUCUCCUUUGCUCAGUGUGCAGUCAUGUUGGAUUUUGAGGGGCUGGAAAAUUGGGAGGAUAGCUUCUUGGACAAGUCUAAAUCUUGGAGCAGGUCCAUAGAGGAUCUGCACCAUACGAACGCCCAACCCUUCUGCAACACUCUGGUGCGCUCUGCCCGCCAGUCUGUUCUUCGCUACGGCUCAGUCGCGAAUAGCAAAACCAUCAAGAACUCCCGCCUCGUGAGUCAAAAGGAUGAUGUGCAUGUGUGCAUCAUGUGCCUGAGAGCAAUCAUGAACUACCAGUACGGUUUCAAUAUGGUCAUGUCUCAUGCACAUGCAGUCAAUGAAAUUGCUCUCAGCUUGAACAAUAAGAACCCACGGACAAAAGCUUUGGUCCUUGAGCUGCUGGCUGCUGUUUGUCUUGUCCGAGGAGGUCAUGAGAUCAUCCUUUCAGCAUUUGACAACUUCAAAGAGGUUUGCAAAGAGAAGCAUCGCUUCGAGAGACUGAUGGAUUACUUCCGCAGUGAAGAGGGAAACAUUGACUUCAUGGUUGCUUGCAUGCAGUUCAUCAACAUUGUGGUCCACUCAGUUGAAGACAUGAACUUCAGAGUGCAUCUGCAGUAUGAAUUCACCAAACUGGGACUAGAUGACUUCCUGGAGAAAUCUAAACACACGGAGAGCGACAAGCUGUCGGUUCAGAUCCAGGCUUACCUUGAUAACGUAUUUGAUGUGGGUGGCCUGCUAGAAGAUGCCGAAACCAAGAAUGCAGCGCUGGAGAAGGUGGAGGAACUGGAGGAGCACCUGUCCCACGUGACUGAGAAGCUUCUGGAGGUUGAGAAUGAAACAAUGAUGAAAGUAGCCGAUCUGGAGAAGCUGCUCAUUCAGAAAGACAAGGAGCUGAACGUAAUACGGGAGACAUACGAGUCAACCAGCACUCAGGUUAACACCCUGAGGAGGAUGAUCAAGGAGAAGGAUGCUGCAUUUCAGAGGCACUUCAACAUUGAGAAGCGUCUGCUGGAGCUCGAACAGCAGGGCACCAUCCGCUUGCACAAGAAACCUGAUGGAGACAUCGCCAUCGAGCCGCUGGGCGUCGGCAGUGCCGGGAUACCCUUGGGAAACAUCGGAAAGCUGUCUUUGGGUUCAACGGCAGGGCUGACAGAACUAGGAGGACCCGACACAAGUUUACCACCAGCCAGCGAAGCACCUCCGCCUCCACCGCCUCCUCCCCCUCCCCCUCCCCUGCCAUCUGCUUCAGGACACACUGCGCCAGUCCCACCACCACCACCUCCUCCCCUUGCUCCUCCUCUGCCAGAAGCUUCCCCCUCUGUCAUCUUGAGCGUAGGUCUGUCAGCUAUCAGGAUCAAGAAGCCUAUAAAGACCAAGUUCCGUUUGCCUGUGUUUAACUGGACGGCCUUGAAGCCCAAUCAGAUCAAUGGCACAGUCUUCAACGAGAUCGAUGAUGAACGUGUGCUAGAGGAGCUGGAGCUGGAGAGGUUUGAGGAGCUAUUUAAGACGAGAGCCCAGGGUCCAGUUGUGGAUCUUUCCUGCACAAAGAGCAAAGUAGCCAAUAAGGUGGCAAACAAAGUCACACUUCUGGACGCCAAUCGCUCCAAGAACUUAGCCAUCACACUGCGAAAGGCUAACAAGACAACAGAAGAGAUCUGCAAAGCCAUAGAGAAGUUUGACCUCAAGGCCUUACCUGUCGACUUUGUGGAGUGCCUGAUGCGUUUCCUGCCCACCGAGGCAGAAGUGAAGGUGAUGCGUCAGUACGAGCGCGAGCGGCGUCCGCUGGAUCAGUUAGCAGAGGAGGAUCGCUUCAUGUUGUUAUUCAGCAAGAUCGAGAGGCUGACGCAGAGAAUGAACAUUAUCACCUUUGUUGGAAACUUUGCCGACAACGUGAGCAUGCUCACGCCACAGCUCAACGCCAUCAUUGCUGCUUCUGGCUCAAUCAAGUCGGCACCAAAGCUCAAGAGGAUGCUUGAAAUCAUCUUAGCCCUAGGAAACUACAUGAACAGCAGCAAACGAGGCUGCGUUUAUGGUUUCAAAUUACAAAGCCUUGAUCUGCUUCUGGACACUAAGUCUACAGACAGAAAGAUGACAUUGCUCCACUACAUAGCUCUUAUUGUGAAAGAGAAGUACCCUGAACUGACCAACUUCUACAAUGAAUUGCACUUUGUGGACAAAGCUGCAGCAGUGUCUCUGGAAAACGUCCUGCUGGAUGUUCGAGAGCUGGGGAAAGGCAUGGACCUCAUCCGGAGAGAGUGCAGUCUCCACGACCACUCAGUCCUGAAAGGUUUUGUCCAGGCUAGUGACUCACAGCUGGACAAGCUACAGAAGGACGCCAAGAUGGCAGAGGAAGCCUUUAACAGUGUGGUGAGCUACUUUGGAGAAAGUGCCAAGACGGCUCCACCCUCCGUGUUCUUCCCUGUGUUUGUGCGCUUCAUCAAGGCGUACAAGGAUGCAGUGGAAGAAAAUGAACAGAGGAAAAAGCAAGAGGAAGCAAUGAGAGAAAAGUUACUGGCUCAGGAGGCAAAGCAGCAUGACCCUAAGGUUCAGGCCCAGAAGAAGAGGCACCAGCAGCAGGAGCUGAUCGCAGAGCUGCGCAGGCGGCAAGCCAAAGACCCCCGGCCUGUGUACGAGGGCAAGGAUGGCACUAUUGAAGACAUUAUCACAGAUCUCCGAAACCAGCCUUUCCUGCGAGCGGACGCGUUGAUCCGGAGCGGUUGGAAGAGACCCUAAACCACUUAUUCGUCACUUAUAGUCCCCUCCCUAUUGUAACCCUUCCCUUUGUCCCAGUGGCGCAUCUCAACCCUGAGGCUGCAGAUCACAAAGACUGAAAAGCGAGGACAGGACAAAGCCCUUGUUUUAGCCCGGUAAUUUAUUUAUUUAUGGAUGCCCUUUUACAACCACUUUAAAUGAGCAGGCAUGAUUACAGAAGCACAACGCGCUACUACUCCUUCGUCACCGCGAGCAGAAGGCUUUCCCUGCUCUGUCGGCACUGACCUUUGGGAGGAUGACCAGAGCACAGGUGAGGCCAUCUGAGGACUGGAGGAGGAAUUGUGCUUUCACUAACAAGUGCCUGCUAGCAUGUGGAUCUUAAUGUGGACAUUCCUAAAACCCAUUAAUAUCCGAAGGUUACGCAGUCAUAGCAGGAUUUAAACUGGGAGGCAGCCAAGAUAAAUUGCCGACUCUUCUGCUGCUGCUGGGACGCCUGCCUUUAAGACACCUGCAAAAGCCUCCUGCAAAUAACAGAGGAGGUGCGAUGUUAUAACAGACAUUCGUGGACUGUUUCGCAGCGUUACGCCAAGUCUUCGAGACGCCUUCAAUCAGACUUAAUAUUGUUUAUUUUGAUUGUAUCUGGGAGCAAAGACCAUCACUGUACUGGUUCUUCUUGUCAAGCUAGACAAACCAAAUUAAUCCAAAGUUUGAUGUUCCGCUUAAGAAGUGCCUUUUUGUGUUAUUUCUCGUCAGUCAGCCAUAAUUUGUUUAUUUUACAUCUUUCAUUUGGUAAAGAUUGUAUUUUUUACCGCCUUGUAAUAUAACAUUAGCCUUAUAAUCCUGACAACAAUAUGCAAGUUGAAGGCACAAAAAAAGCUUAAAGGUAUGUUAGUUCCUUUUUACCUCUAGUACAUCAGAACAGCUGACACGAGAGUCCCCAGAGUUUUGUGCCUUGACCAAGUGGUGGUUAAAAACAGAAUAUUACGUGCCUUGACAACACUUCCUGUCACACCGUGCGUGACAGUUAGGAGGUGACAGACGCAUGAAGGAGACUCCAGGUGGACUACUGUUUCAAAGGCACACUUGCUGUUUGGUUAGCCUGCUCUAAAUGUAUUAUUAACAGAUGAAGGAUGAAGUGCAUUUAAAGCUUCUUUUUCUUAUCCGUUU